AUGUCAGCUUCUCAAUUAGAAGACUCCUUUAAACAUGGUAGCUUAGGUAAAUCAUUUAAAAAUACAGAUUCUAUCAAAAAUCCUGAAACUGCAAAGAAGGGACCUAGGAAACUUUCUAUUAAUUCUGAUACAAAUAUGGAUGUAAUAGAUAAACUCGAUCAAUCGGGGUUCCCGGGUUUACCCUUCCAUCAUGAUGGACCAUUUGAUGUCAUUUCUCCAGGUAGAAAUAGUAGAGACAAUAAAAAUGCUCCAAUUUUGGCUUUCCCUAAUGAAAAAAAUGAGCCAAUUGUAUCUAUUCCAAAGAGAACACACAGUAAAAGAGAAGAAAAAAUAGAUAUCGAUAUACUUGAUGAUAUUUUUGGUGCAAAUGAUGUAGAUGAUGAUGAUAGUUAUAUGACAGAAUCUGAUAGUUUCCGUGACAAUUCAGAGAGUGACAUAAUGGAGGCAGGAACCAUACACGGUUCUUACACAGAAGGUUUGGGUACAUCUACAUUCCUUGAUGGUACAGGUGCCCCUUCCAGGAGAGCAGAUGCCCAAAGAAAACAAGCAAGUAGUGAAUUAUUAAUAGAUUUUUCAAAUGAGAAUGAUAAAAAUGGGAAUUCUGAAGAAAAUGGUUUCAAAGAAGAAAAUAAAAACUUGAAAAAUGGUAAUAGUACUAAUUAUGAACGUUUCAGUAAAGAUGAUAAUCUAAUUGACUUAGAUAAUACGAUCACAGAAAGAACUAUCAAAUCUCGUCCCAACAAAGAUAACAAUUGA